AUGCGGCACUAUUUCAUUUGGAUCGCGGCUGUCCAACUGGUAACCGCGGAAGUCUUCUUCGAGCAGAACGUCGAAGAGAAUCUCCUGACGGUGGUUCCCUGCGUGAAGCGUCUCUGUGAGAAAUACUUCAAAUCGGAACGGGCCAUGAAGGGUUCGCUGGCCAUCAUCAACAUCAAACCGGACACGUCGCAGUUCCAGUUGAGCAUUUUGAAAUCGUUCAACGAAGAUCCGCGGCACGAGAUGGGCGUCAUGGUUAAGGACGGCCGGAAGAAGCACCAGAACGCCUCGCACGUGACCGAGAAGGCCAAGAACUACCUGCUGAUGGUGAGCGACUCUUCGGAGCUGGAUCCUCCGAUCAACCAGCUGCGGCGGUUGCCCACGUGGAAUCCGUUGGCCCAGGUGGUGGUUUUGUUCACCUCGGAGAUGACUCCGUUGAUUUUCGAGAUCGAAGUUCGGAACGCGCUGCAGAAGCUGUUCGAGAACUCGGUGUUGAACACUAAUGUGAUGGUUCAGCGGUACGGGACUAGCGUCCUGGAAGUGUGGACUUGGUUUCCGUAUGAGAACGGGGGUUGUGCGGAUGACAUUGUGAAUAUACGGUUGAUCGAUGAGUGCGAAUAUACGGAAAUAUCUGUCGAGGACGUGGAACAAGCGGAAAGUAACGGAUUCGUAGACCCGGAUCUUGAAUAUUUGAAUGAAACGUACGCCAACAGUUCUUAUGCGAUACAAAGAGACUUGGAGGUUGGAGAUGACGAUGCAUCAUCAACCUCCCAGGAAACCGUAUGGAUGUUCCGCGAGAAGCACUUCUUCGCGGACUUUGGACCGAAGAUACCGAAAGACUACAACGACUGUCCGCUGAAGGUGUCCACGCCCAUAUGGGAGCCGUUCGUAGUGGGCAACGAAACGUUCAUCGAGAAGGGCCUGGAGGUGCUGAUGAUCGAAGCGAUCACCGCCAGAAUGAGGCUCACGCCGGUUUACCGGAUCAUCGAACCGGAAAGGACCACGGCGCGGAUCACGGCCGACAACAUCACCGGGUUCUACGCGGAUUUGAUCAAGAGGCGAACGGACGUCAUGAUUGGCGGUCUGUACGAGAACCCCAUCAGCCGGAAGCUCCUAUCGUCGACCAUUCCGUACUACCAGGACGAUUUGACGUGGUGCGUUCCGACGGCUCGGCACGCUCCCAAGUGGCUCAACGUGUUCAUCAUCUUCAACGUGUGGACCUGGCUGAUUGCGAUCGUGAUCGUGUUCUUCGCUGCGGGCAUCAUCUACUGCUUCAACCACGUGGAGAAGGGCUACCCGGAGAACUACACCUGGAUGGCGUUGCAGUCCCUGGCGUUAUCCUUGAGUGUCUACGCCCAUUACUGGCCGAAACGAUUCUCCGUUCGGCUGUUCCUGGUUGGAUACAUGUUCUACGGAAUACACUGGAGCGCCGCCUAUCACAGUUUCCUCAUAUCGGUUCUCACGCGGCCUCGUUUCGAGACUCAGGUCGCUACGGUGGAAACUGCGAUCGAGCAAAACUUCCACUUCGCUGGAGCGGAGAAUACUCUGGUGUUCUUCGACAGGCCGGAUUCCUUCUCGAAGCACAUCGCUCGCAUCUAUGAGACUUGUCCCAAUAUGGACGACUGCUUGGCGCGCUUGCAUUCGGAACGGACGAUCGCGGUGGCCAUUUCCCGGGCGCAUUCGCAUAAUAGCAAGAGCAUUGGCGAGGCGGAGAUCUUCUGCUUCCCCAGAACGGACAACAUCCAGACCUAUUCGGUGGGAAUGAUGGUGAAGAAGGAUUUCCAUCUGUUGCCGAAGAUCAACGAUUUGAUUAGGAGGAUCAGCGAAUCUGGGUUGCUGGGCAAGUGGCAAGUGGAGAGCGACAAAAUUCGUAUUGAUGAGGAUUUGGACGAAGGAGGCGGGGGAGGUGAUGGCCAUGGUGAUGGGCAGAUCGUCCUGAAGGUGGAGCAUAUCGAAGGCGCAUUUAUCCUGGGAGCCGUGGGACUUGGCCUGGCAACGAUCUCCUUCAUAGUGGAAGUGGUUUAUUUCAAGUUGAAGCAAAAGUACAAGUGGGAUGAUUCCACUUUCAGCAAUUUGAUCUGUUAGGGGUCGAAAUUGUUUUACCAGCAAACAUUUUACGCACAAAACAGAAGACCUUCAAGCCACUUAAGCAAAUAGGUAAUUUUCAGACGCAAAGAGUAGCGGGUAUUCACACCGGUAGUAGCAUCAGUAGACAUCCAGAAGUCAAUAUAAAGUGGAAAAUUGCUCCAUUUAAUUGACGAUAAUGAAAGGUAAUUUGAAGCAAGCAUUGAAUCCACUUACUGGUGGAAAAGAAGCACCACCAACAAAGUAGGCUUCGGUGUCGCCGUUCGUUGGGAGCUUACAGUAAAGGGUACACUUCUUCGGUAUACCGUCGCAGCAAGCCAUGGUGCGGAUUCGAAAAUCGUUUUCGAAGAGCGACUGGUUAGCCGAAUUGAGAUGUGAUGGCAUUGCAAGGUGAAGGGAUUUAAAUGUGCGUUCAUGGCGAUUGACAGGCCAUUACACCCCCGUUUUGGAUCAACAAGCUGGUUUGAUUUCUUGCUCAUAAAAAGCCUAUUGUGUCGGCAAUUUUAAAGAAAAAAAAGGUGCCGUACUUGAAGAGUGCAUUUUUUUAGCAAUCGUUUUGGUGCGAACAGUAACCCCUUUUACUAAUUAUUCGUGGAAAAACUUGGCAUUGAGAAAAUAUACUUCUAGAAUACCGUGCACCCCCGUUAAUUUGAACGAUACCUCAUGC